AUGGAAGAAGCUGGGUAUAAUGUUUUGGAAUAUGUGCUGGGUGCAAAUAGACUUAAGGCCUCCACCUCUUCUCCACUCGGGCACAAUUCAUCUCCGAUAAGCUUCUUUCUUUCCUCCUUCGUCUUUCGCCCUUCAACUCUCACAUCCUCAAUCAGCCAACGCGGUAACCAGAGAGACAGAGAUCGUGAAAGGGCUCAGGCCAGGUCCGGCAACAAGACCAAGCAGCCCAAAGCCGAUGGCUUAACCCCCGAACAACGCCGAGAAAGGGACGCCAAGGCGCUGCAGGAAAAGGCGGCAAAGAAGGCGGCGCAAGCGCAGGCGGCCGGAGGGAACAAAGCGGGAGGGAUCAAUGCCGGCGGCAAGAAGUAGAGAUGUGUGAAGGUUAGGGUAGAAAAUUGGGAGCAAUGUAUAUUGUAAGAUGAGAUUAGAUGAUUUGUGAGUGUUCUGAGUUUGGGAUUUUGGUGUCGGGUUGAGAUGAUCGAUCAGAUCGAAUGUUUGUCUUGGUGAGAAUUGGGAUUGGCAUUGAUAUGAUGUGUAUUGUUGUUUUAAAACCUUUCAACAUUCUACUGAAUGAAGGACAGUUUACGUU